CGGGUGCUGAGGGGCGAAGUGGAGGGGGUCGGGGUCACACCGCAGUGGAUGUGUCCUCGUCGGGUACUGGUUGCUUGGCAGCUGCAGCAUGGGCAAGCGUAGGGGCAACAGGUGAUGGUGGGGGAGGAGGCGGUAGCGGCGGCAAGUGCGAGUAUGGUGGUCAGGAGGGGGAGGUGCUGCUGCUGCGGGCUGAGAGGAGUCUCAGCGGGGACUGGUUGCUCAGGCCGACCGGUGACAACCCGCCUCGCAGCCGCAAGCCAUCCUGGCUGCUGCGUCUGUCCCCCCUCCGCCGGCUGCUACCCACCCUGCUGCGUCACGUGUGGCGGGAAGCCACCUCCCCGCCCCUGCUAGCCAUCCUGCUAUCCAUACCCGUGGGCUGCAUUCCGUCGUUACAACGAGCAUUCUUUGGCGACGCCGCUGCCGCUUCGGCCUUAGCUUCCACCGCCAUUGGCAGUAGCAGUAGUAGUAGCGGCUUUGGCAGUUCGGGUUCUCUGCCAUUAUCGCCACCGCCCGCAUCGUCAUUGACAGCAACAGCAGCAGGAGGAGGCGGAGAGGGAGGAGGCGGAGGAGCGGCUCCCUUGGCACUGGUGACGGACUGUUUGAGCAUGUUGGGCGACUGCACCAUCCCCUCCAUCCUGAUCAUCCUGGGGGCCACGCUGGCGAAUGGCCCCGGUGCUGCCCGCGUGCCCCUCCGUGUGACGGCGCUGGUGACCGCCACCCGGCUGCUGCUGCUGCCGCUGCUGGGGGGCUGCCUGGUGCUGGGAGCCUACGCGGCCAGGCUGUUCGAGGCGCCCGACCCAAUCUACUUGCUGGUUCUGCUGAUUCAGAACACCGCCCCCACCGCCAUCAUGGUGCACACCAUGGCCUCCGUGCACGGCAACCGAGCGGAGGAGGUGUCCAGCAUACUGUUCUGGGGAUACAUGGUGGGCAUCGUGGCCAUACCGCUGUGGCUCACGCUGUUCCUGUACGCAGUCAGCCAACAGUUCAGGGGGGCGGGG